AUGGUAGCUGUUCUACCGUUGGUGGCAGCUUUACUGCUGUGUGCAAGAUUGGGUGGUGCCAUUAGGUAUUUAGAGGCGCCGAAGGAAAAUGCGUCCGCCGGGAAGAAAGCCACAGGGGAUGCUAUCGCAACAGACGGUUCAAACAAACCGACAGAUGCAUCGAAAGAUGGGAAGAAUCCGCUUCAAGCAACAACCAAUCAAUCGGAUUCUCAGGGUGUGACUGCGCUGCCUGCAAAGGAUGGAGCGCCGAAUCUACCCACUGCCCUCCCACCUACCACUGAGGGCACGGGCAAGAAGACCCUAUUUGGAGCGUUGCGCGCCACAGCGGACUCUACGUACAAGGCUCUCGGUGCCGCCGGUUAUCGCAAGUAUGACGCCAGCAAUGCGAUCACCCGAGGAGGCGGCUACUGGUGCAGCGAGGCUAACCUGCUGCCAGAUAAGGAAGUGUCGUGGGUAGCCGAACUCAGAGGACCGCGAGUGCUGACUGGUGUGACCAUAACAUGGGUUUACGCACCUCAAUAUGUGGCCGUCCUGGCAAAGCGGCAGCGUGAUGGCGCUUUCGAGGAGGUGGCGCCAUACAAAGCUGUGGACUCCACCGAAACUACGCAAAAAAUCGAAUUCAAACGCAAGGUUGACGCUCAAUUCGUCAAAAUUGCCAUGAAACGACAAAUAAACGGCUACUUCGGGAUAGAGUUUGUGCAGUUCCACGGGGAGCCCAACCCUGUCUUCACGAUUCAGGGAGGUAUCACGUCAAUCGAAGACCUGUGCCUGCAGGCAGACGACAGCGGGGAGGUCGUGCUGGAUUCGUGCGUAUCUGCAAUCGCCAGCUUCAAGUUCAACGACAUAUGGAGAUAUAACGAAAAGCGGCAGCUGUACAACCCGGCGACCAAUCUCUGCAUGACGCUGCAAGAUAACGUUGAUACCGACGGAGGGCGGGUAAUGAUGUUGCCGUGCGACCAGCCGCCAGAAUCCGGUGUCAACUCCUGGGAUCUCCUGCCGAACAACCAAAUCAAACUCAGAAGGCCGGGCAAUAUGUGCCUAUCGCAAGCUGGCAGUGGCGCUGGAUUGGCUAAUGUAGCGCUGAAUAAGAUUGCAUCGAGCAGUCUGCCUCGGAGAAAUGAUAACAAAUGCAACGCUGAGCGUGCUUUGGAUGGCAAUCUCCAGUCCUGCUGGGCCUCUGACCAGUUCACGCUGGGCACUGUGCCCGAAAAGGUGGAAUUCGUUGUUAACCUGCAGGAGGACUAUAAGGUCCGCAAAAUCGUGAUUGAGUGGGAGUCGCCAGCACUCUCCUACAACGUACUCGGGAGAAAAGACGACGAAGACUGGCACCUCAUAGAAAGGGUAGACGCCAACACCCUGAAGUCGUCGGUGAACGAUAUGCGCAAUACAGUUGUGCGUUUUAUCAAGCUUGAAUUGAUACGGCCGAAUCCAGAAUUCGCCAAUUCAGCGGGGCAGAUUCACUACGGCAUCCACAGCUUUGCGGCCUACAGCAACAAGCUUAGAACCAUAGUAGAGCCGUGCGAACGCGCCAAGCUUUCGAAGGAUGCAAGAGACAAAUACUUCCUCAACUCCGUCUACGAGGUGGAUCUGCACGGCGGUGAGCCGCUUAUAGCGGCGGAAAAGGCGAUAGACACACUGGUGGAAAACAUUGGGCGCAAAAUAGCACAUAUAGAAACGCUGCAUGGGAAGAUGGAGCAGUGCAAAAGGAAGCAGGUCAAUACCCUCAAGCGAGCACAGGAGCUGGAGAGCACCUUUCAGCGCAUUUCGAAUGCCACAUACAGAUUCGAGGCCAAACUAGAACUAGAAGAGCAAUUUGGUUUCGAAGAGCACCUCCCGGCAGAUUGCAUAGAAAUCAAAAAUCGAGCUGAAAGCAACCCCAGCGGGUUCUACCAUAUUCACCCACCAUGCGCCAAUCACAGCAUCAGGGUUUAUUGCGACAUGUACACUGGCGCCUCGUAUUACGUGACAUCUGUUGAAAGCGGUCGCAUACCGCUCUCUGAGGUCUAUGAAACAUGCCGCAAAUACGGCCUGGAUCCCAUACAACUGCAUCACGAGUCGCAAACGGACGCUCUGAGGGUCAUGCUUAAAACUAUGGACGUCACACCGGACUGCCUCUAUCCCAUCGCCGUCAAGGUUGGGAAGAAGUUCAAGUCGCUAGACCUGAGGGAAGAUGUGACCGGGAUGGUUCCCUUCAAGACGGAUGAGGAGAACAACAUCAUUGUGAUUGCGGCGGAGGGGAUGCAAUACGUCGAUGGCAGAGAAAACGACAUGACCGGCAUCAUAUGCUCGAGCAACUACUCAAGCAUCAGGCUCCCCCCGGAGGUUGUGAAACUGGGUUGCCACACUCUGCUGGGGGAACACGACAAAUUCAAUGAGGCACCCGUGGGCAGGGUGGUAAAAGCCUCUUGUCCGCAAAACUGCCUUCAAAAUUAUGACGACAGCGUCGAAGUAGAGGGUGGAAACGACGGGCUCUAUUCACUCAAAACGCCGAUAUGCAUAGCUGCCAUACAUGCAGGCGAAUACGGCAAAAAUGUGACUUUGGAGGUGCAAAAGGCGACUGCCCCGGCAGAAUUCGAGGGGUUCUACCAAAAUGGUAUCCAAAGCACGAGCGUGCCAUCCCUUGUGGGCGAUUUGGCAUUUAAGGUCACGCGCAGCAAGGACGCCUGCAGCGUGCAUAAAGUGGAGCCUCUCAUCGACAGGAAAGCGGAAGCACUUGCAGAGCAAGAGCCUACGCUAACGGUCAGAAGGCCGGGUGAGGACAAACCGCAGCCUGCACGACUCUUUAACCAAGCUCUGACGCUUGACGCCGCUACGGGCGAGGCUAUAGGCACGCUAGUGGCUCAGGUUAACCAGCAAAGCGGAAAGUCUGCGCCGGUGUUUCUCGACAUGUUUCACCACCAUACCUCGGAAACAAUUGCGCACGCAAUCCAUCUCAUCAAAAGCGCCGACAUCCAGAGGGAGCCCAUAGAGGAAAUCUUGGACAAACUCGAUGACGGUGUCAAGAUGAUGCAACAGAAGAUCGAAUGGCUAGCUGCGAGGGUCACGUACAAAAAGGAACCGCUGAUCAACGGCAUAAAAGCGCUGCAAAGGGAGGAGGCGAUACAAAAAUCUUUCGAGUCGUGGUCAGGGGAUGGUGUCACCCAAAGCAGCCUUUUCGAAACUUUCCAUGCGGUCACCGCUGGGGAGCUUCAGGGGGUCCCCAAGUGGACCGUUUCCAGCUUGUCGUUGAAGGGCGCUUCCGAAACUGUGAUAUCGCAGACCAGCGAAUUUGGCGCACGCGGCUCCGUGAGCGGUGCGUUUUUGCAUCUGUCAAACGCGCAAUACUACGAUUUUGUAUACUCCGCUUCCAUCUUUGCCGGCAGCAGCGGGACAAUGGGACUGACCUUCCGGGUGCUCGAUGACCUCAAUUACUAUCUCCUGCAAAUGGUUCAGAUGAAUGGCGGGUACAAACGUUUGAUCCGCGUUGUCAACGGCGACCCUUACGAAAUAGCGAAAAUCGAAGACGGAGGAUUCGUCGACGGAGUGCGUAUAGAAGCGCAGCAGUGUAGAAUAUCAAUCGCAAUUGUGCAGGGUUUGGAACCCGUAUUUGACGUUCCACCAAGUGCAAUCGAUAUCAUCGACUGCACACAUGCCAGUGGCAGCGUGGGACUCUUCAGCGGCCAGAUCAACCUGGUUCACUUCGCACGACUGCACGUAGAAACGCUGCCGUGUAUGAGAUACGACAAGCCCCCGACUCCUCCAAAGCCGCCCAUCUGCAGCGUGUACAAGGAGAGCUUCGCGGUCGGAUUCAACGCCAAUUGGCGCGUCCUCGACAAUGCAGGGCACUGGAGCGUGGAGAACAAUAUCGCCGGACAGGACAGGGUGAUCGCCCACAGGGCCUUCGAGGCCAUAGACGGGUCGAUAGAACCCUCCAUGGCGCUGCUAAAGGGUGGACGCAGCUGCAAAUCUGGUAUAUUCCGAGCGUCGAUGUUCCCACAGUGCGACGCAAGGGGGGUAUUGGGGCUCCUGGUACAUUUCGGAGACGCUGGAAACUACGUGGCAUUCGAGUGUAGCGCUCGUGCUUGCAGCAUUAUACAGAUGCACAAGGGAACUCGCAACGUUCUUGCGGAAACCGACCUAAAGGGUAUCAAGACGGGAAUAUGGAACUACGUUGAACUGGUGUUCAAGCCCGAUGCCAUCACGGCGUCAAUCGGUGAGCAGACACUGGAAGCAGUGUUCAUAAACACGCCGAUACCAGAUGCAGUGCAUCUGGGAGGCACUGUUGGUCUAUUGAGCGUAGGCUGUGCCGGAUGCGCAUUUGCCGACGUGAGCCUCGUCCCAAAUUACGCGGCGCACAAGCACGGAGCCUUCGAGCGAGACCUGGACAGUGAGCCGCUACGGCCAGAACCGACGCGUGGUGAAAACUGUCUAGCUGUGGACAGGCUGGAACACUGCAAGGUGAUUGCGCCGAGCAGCGUCGGCUUCUGUGAGGCCAACUACUGCGCAGUCUGCUGCGAGCGAAAGCACGAAGACGCACCCGAUCUGCAAGAUGCCUGCUACAAACAGUGCCGCAAUAUGGACCAUGUGGUGGUUAUGUUGCAAAAGGUGGCAGAUAACCUGUGGCGCAACUGCGCCACGCACCUGGUGCAGCGGGGGAAAUCAGGCACUCCAGGUGAGUCCAACGAUUUGCGAACAACAGAACAACGUGCAGACACCGAUGCUGGUGAUGAAAAACUAAGCAUUGAAGAUAGGGUUAGCAAUUGCCAACUGUGUUGCGAUUCGAGCCUCUUCGUGGAGGGAGUACCUGCCAGCGUGAACAGCGCAGCACAGUCACGCUGCCGCGGCCUUUGCAGGGCGUAA